UGCCGCAGAUCUGGAGAGGACCAGAUGCCCGAGGGCCUCGCCGGGGGAGCGCGGACGUGGCGGCAGUUCCUCCGCUACCGCCGCCGCCGCCAGGACCUCCUCGAGGAAGCGGACGAGGCCACCACCAAGAGGGCGACGGCCACCGCCCACCUGCACGCCCUGGACGCCCAGCGCAACGCCCUCCGGCAGGAGUUGGCUCAGCUGGAGGCCACCGUCGCCGAGUGCAGCCACGAACUCCGGCUGGUGCACGAGGACAUGGAGUUGGUCCUCCUCCUGCAAAGCGGCCAAGCCAAGAUGGAUCUGGACGGCCUGACGAAGUCCCUGCAGCCGGACUUCCAGGGCACGAGGCUCCUGCAGGGGAGUGAGCUCGCGCGACUGAAUGCCAUGGCGGAGAAAUGCGAAGACAUACGCGACGAAGGCGAAGAAGAGGAAGAUGACACAGCCGAGAAGGACGAAGAACUGGAGACACUCAGGACUCUCAAAGGCCAGCUGGAACUGCAGGUGGAACUGGUCCAGCAGGAACUCCACCAGAUCAACACGUUCAAGGUGGGACGCGACGUGAUAUCGGCAGCAGCAGACGUAGUGGAAGGGGGAGAACAGCAAGACUCCACUCAGCUCUACGGAUCUCUGCAGCGCCUCCAGCAGCUCCACGGCGGCCAGGCGGAUAGUCUGGCCAAAUCCUCGACGUCGCUGGAGAAGCAGGUUCGGAGGUCAAGGAGGAGAGUGGCCGAGUUGCAGCGCCAGGCCGAUGACCUCGCCCGGGAGAUCGAUGACCUUCAGCUCCAGGUGACCCAGGCACAGCCCGAAGUGCAUAUGGCGUCCCGGGAAAGCAGGUUACGCCGGGUCAUGAUCUGCAGUGACCUGACCUCGCAGACUCGGAGGCGCCAGGCGACCAUCCUCGACCUGGAGCACGAGUUGGACACCCUCAGACUCAGGACCUUCCCCAUGCUCUCACGCCCACCCCCGCCCACGCUCUGAGUUAGAACCCCUGCGGCCACGCCCUUGAUUUGAACUUGGGCGUCGAGAGGUUUAAAAACAACAACCGAGAUCUGUUUUGGAAAAUAGGUGUUGUUUUGUUUCGUUGUGGUCAUAUUUUCCGCUAAUAUCAGAUUGAUUAUUUGCAACAAGCUAUGGUGUCCAAUCCAUAUGAUGAUUUCUAUGCUAUGACGCCCCACUUGUUGACUCUCCAACUUUCAAGCUACGAUUUCCAAUUCAUAUGAUGAUUUCUAUGCAAUGACGCCCCACAUGUUGACUCUUCAACUUUCAAUGUUUUGUAGCCAAUUAUUUAUUUAUUCGUUUAUUUACAGGCACUCUGGCAUCUCUGGCACCUUUCUUUCUAUGCCCGCUUAUCUCUGUACGAAAAUAAACAAACCUACACGAGUAUCAGGAGUGCGAAACUAAUCUGUCUUAAAAAAAAAGCCUUUGCAUUUUUGUGCUUCUCUUAAUGUGGCUUGAGGUUUCUUCACACUACAAUGCACUUUUGUUUUUCUAUUGUUUUUGCGUCCGGAGUUGCGUCGAAAUUCUAAAGCUUUUUUCAUCUUUAUAUUCGUUUUACUCUGUUUUAUCAAGAAUCCAAUAGAUUUACAACAAAUUUCGGUAAUGAUGUGGAUAUUCGUUUUUGUCAUUUUGGAAUUUCCAUUCAUUCUAGGUAAUAUUUGAAAAAUAGAUAUAAUAUUAAGUAGCUUUACUCUAUUAAAUUAAGAUCUAGUUUGUCAAUUGUUCAA